GACAUGGCGUCAGCAUCAGUUACAUAAAGACACGACCCACCGACAAAUUCAUCACUCAGUCAAUCACCUCAAUCACCUCAAAUCUAACUAAACACCAUGGCAGCAAAGUCUCUCGUCGUCGGCGGAACAGGCGGUAUCGGCUACGGCAUCGCCUGUCGCAUCGCCGCCAGCUCCCCCUCAUCAACCGUCAUCAUCAGCGGUCGCAAUGAGCCAAAGAACAUUCCCCAUUCCAACAUUCAGUUCAAGCAAUUAGACGCGUCUUCAAUGCGCGCUAUCAAAACUUACACCGAUGAACUGAAGGCAUCGCAAGAUCGGUUCAGCACCCUUGUUCUCUCGCAGGGCAUUCUCUCAACCGCUGGAAGAACAGAGACGCCUGAAGGCAUUGACCGCAAGAUGGCGCUCCAUUACUACGGACGACAGCUACUCAUCCGUGAACUUCUUCCGUCUCUUACAGACGACGCCAAGGUUUUGAUUGUGCUGGAUAGCACUGGUGGAAGUCCCGAUAAACUCAAUUGGGAUGAUCUAGAUCUCAAGAACAACUUCAGCCUCGGAAACGCAGCAGCCCACUGUCUCUCCAUGACAGACGCUAUGAUCCAGCACUAUGCAGCCGAGCAGAAAGCUGAGGGAAAGAACCGACAUUUCAUUCACGCGCUACCCGGUAUUGUCAACACAAACAUCAUGAAUUCGCUCCCUUGGUAUAUGCGUCUCCCUUCAACUGGUCUAGCCUCUGUCUUGGGUGUAUCGCCUGACACUUGUGCUGAGUAUAUGCUGAAUGGUGUUGAUGAAGCUGUGAAGAUUAAGGACAAGAAUUACGCGUUUGUGAGUCGGAAGGGAAAGGUUUUUGAGAAGCCGGCUUGGAGCGAAGAACAGAUCCGGAAAGUGAGGGAUCAUACUUGGGAACUUGUCGAUGGCGCAUUGGCGAAGGCUUGAUUAUGACAACAGCGGUUUUGUGAGUUGUCUCCGUGUAUUUUCAUUUGUAUUAUAGGUUCAUACCAACUUGAACGACAUGUGUUUAUGAUCCAGCGCAAAGGUAGCUGCUCCAGACUCGAUAAAUGAGAAGCAAACGGUUAAUGAUGGGAAAAUGGUAAGCUACGCUUCCUGGAGAAAGAUACGGAUGGAUACGUGUUGGUCACUCCAAGGACAAAAAAAGAAAUGGGAUGUGAUAACAUCAGAUCAAAUAACUUGCCCCG